GCGGGGCCGGGGGGCGGGAGAUGCGCGCGUGCCGCCGCCGCCGCUCGGGCUGCGAGGCGCUGCCGGGAGUCGCUGGGCGCGCUGCGCGGGGCCAUGUGGACCUUCCUGGGCAUCGCCUCCUUCGUCUACGUCUACAAGAAGUGCGGGGACCUGCUGAGCGGCGCGCACAAGGAGCUGGCGCUGGCCGCGCUGCUCUUCCUCUCGCUCGGCUGGCUGCUGUCGUCCCGCUGCCGCAAGCGGCCCCGGGCCCUGCUCUCCGCCCUGCCCCUCGUCGGCUUCCUCUGGGACGGCUCCGGCGACAGCUCCAGCUCCCAGCCGCCCGGCCGCCCCCGGGCCCCGCAGGGUAAAAGAGGAGUAAACUUCUUGGAACCAGUUCUAACAGAAGCUACUGCAAAUAUGACAUUAGUGUCUCAAAAUGAGCCAGAAGUUAUCAUCGUUGGUUCAGGUGUACUUGGUUCUGCUUUGGCUGCAGUUUUGUCAAGAGAUGGAAGAAAGGUGACGGUAAUAGAGAGGGAUUUGAAGGAACCUGACAGGAUAGUUGGAGAAUUGUUACAACCAGGGGGCUAUAAUGCUCUUAUGGACCUGGGUCUUGAAGAUACGGUGGAAGGUCUUGAUGCUUAUGUAGUACAUGGUUACAUAAUUCAUGAUCGAGAGAGUAAAACGGAGGUUGAAAUUCCUUAUCCAAAGUCAACAGAUGGUCAGGUGCAAAGUGGAAGAGCAUUUCAUCAUGGGCGGUUCAUCAUGGCUCUCCGAAAGGCAGCCCUGGCAGAACCCAACACCCAUUUCAUUGAAGGGACUGUAUUGCAAUUACUUGAGGAAGAUGAUUGCGUGAUGGGUGUUCAGUACAAGGAUAAAGAAACCGGAGAUACUAAGGAACUCCAUGCACCUCUGACAAUUGUUGCUGAUGGACUUUUCUCCAAAUUUAGGAAAAAUCUGAUUUCCAAUAAAGUUACUGUCUCAUCUCAUUUUAUUGGCUGUAUAUUGAAGGAUGCACCACAGUUUAAAGCGAAUCACGCUGAACUUGUUUUAGCUAAUCCUAGUCCAGUACUAGUCUACCAGAUUUCUUCAAAUGAGACUCGAGUGCUUGUUGACAUUCGAGGAGAAAUGCCAAAAAAUAUCAGAGAGUACAUGACUGAGAAAAUACUUCCACAGCUACCUGAACAUUUAAAAGAACCGUUCCUGAUAGCUGUUCAGAAUGAUCGUUUGAGGACCAUGCCAGCAAGCUUCCUACCUCCUUCGCCAGUCAACAAAAGAGGUGUUCUCCUUUUGGGAGAUGCAUAUAAUAUGAGGCACCCUCUAACAGGUGGAGGAAUGAGUGUUAUUCUGAAUGACAUUAAAAUAUGGAGAAGCUUGCUUCAGGACAUUCCAGACCUUUAUGAAGAUUCUGCUGUUCUGCAGGCAAAAAAUGCAUUUUACUGGUCAAGAAAAAGGUCUCAUUCUUUUGUAGUGAAUGUUCUUGCUCAGGCCCUUUAUGAACUGUUUGCUGCUACAGAUGAUUCUCUACAUCAACUCAGGAAAGCCUGUUUCCAUUACUUCAGACUUGGUGGAGAGUGUGUCUCUGGUCCAGUUGGAUUGCUGUCUGUGUUAUCUCCUAAACCAAUGGUGUUGAUUGGUCAUUUCUUUGCUGUUGCUCUGUAUGCUGUUUAUUUUUGCUUUAAGUCAGAAUCCUGGAUCACCAAGCCACGGGCAUUUUUCAGUGGUGGAGCUGUACUUUACCGGGCUUGCUGUGUACUUUUUCCACUUGUUUACUCAGAAAUGAAGUACUUAGCCUACUAAAUUUUAAAUGACUGGAGAAAGAAUACAUUUUAGGGGAAAAUGAAUGGAGAAACUCACCAAGCCUUUAAAAUCUUUUGGACACGUACUGUUCAGUACUGUUUUAUAUUCUCUUCUUUAAAACCCAGCCCUUUUGUUCAGGAUUUAACUUAAUUUUAUUCCUGUCGGUAAAUGUACAUAUAAAUAUGUAAAUAUGUUUUCCUUUACAGUUUAAGUUAAAAAAAUCAGUUAGCCAUGAGUAACUAUCAACCUAUGGUAGAUACGUGCGAGUUCUGGCAGAGAGCAGUUGCCUCACUUUAUUCAUUGCAUGGAAUGAGCCAUUAAUGUUGAUAAUAUUAAUAAACUGAAGAGUGAACAACUUAAACCAUUUGCUGCUAUUCUACUUCAUGCUUUUUCUGUUCAGUACUUCCAUAGAACAUUUUCUUUAUUACUGAGAGAUAUGUAGGAAAUCAAAUUUUUCCUCAGCAGCAUGUCACAUGCAUUUUCCUGUCAAUCUGUAUUCUUUUCAACAUCAUCUUUAAUAAUGCUUUCUUUUGUUACUCUUGCGUAUUUUUAUUUUAUCCCCAGGAUUCUUUUGAUUGCUUUACAUAUCCUUGGAUGACUCUUUCAUUUUGAUUUGCCCAAAAUGACCAUAUAUCAGUGUAGCCAAGAGAUUGGAGAGCAAUGACAGAUUUCACUUUUUUCUUUAGCAUUUACAAAUAAAGGGACUAGAUCUUCAAACAAUGAGAUUAUGUAACUGUAUAUAAACAUAACCAACUUGGUUUCUUGGACUGUGAAGAAUAGUAAUGGAGAGACUUUUAAUACAUUAUUUGAUAAAUAUUUCCAAUGACCAGUUUUUCCUGUGAAAACAAAAAUAUGUAUAUUUUUUUAACCAAUGUCUCUUUUGAUACCCUUUUGAAAUUAAACAUUGACACAUUAAUGAUGUAGGGGCAAAACAAUAUUUAAAAAUACUGUUAUGUGUGAAAAUUAAAUAAUGCCACUUUAGGGGUAUUCAAAGUUUGCAGAAUUUAUAUUUGAGCCUUUUCAGAAUUUAUGCCAAUUUUGGAAAAAUUAUUGAUGUUUUAUGUAUUCCAAGUUUAAUUUUUCUUUAAAUAUUCUUUGCAAUCAGUCCCCUGCAAGCCAUGGGUUAAUGAUCCCAAACCAAAUAUGCACCCUCAGCUAAAUUAAAUAAAGAGUGAUGGUACUUUA